AUGACGGUGUAUAAGACACUCUUUAAGUCCAUGGAUGAAUUUAUUUAUGUGAUAACUGCGUUUAACUUGGCAUAUCCAAUUACUCCCUGGAGAUUUAAGUUGUCUUGCAUGCCACCAAACACAACCUAUGGCUUCCUCUUGCCUGGAAUGUCAAAGAACACUUCAAGUUUGAAUGGAAAUUAUGAGGCAGUUGUUGAAGCUAAAUAUAAUUUAAGUGCUACCUACUUUUCUAACUUGUCAUCCAAAACAACUUUCCGCUGUUGUUUUUGGAGUGAGCAAGAUAAAAACUGCUCUAUACAUGCAGAUGGGAAGACAUUUAUGUCAAGAGUAAAUUCUUUAGUUUUUCAACAAAUAGGUAAUUGGGAGCUCUGGUGUUGGAAGCAAAGAGAUUUGGAAAAUUUUGUUUGUUUUUUUAAACCUACCCAACAAUUACAUGCAUAUGUUAAUGUUUUGCUCUUAUUAUCUUAUUAUAGGUCUGAAGUAUUAGAUUUAUCUCUACCCCCCCAGAAAGACAGUUUUAAGAUUGUUCAGUGCAACUGCAGUCUUCAUGAAUGUUGUGAAUGUUAUGUCCCUGUGUCAACAUCCAAACUCAACUAUACUUAUCUUAUGUUUUUGGAAAUCACAUCUGGUGGAGUAAUUUUUCAGUCACCUGUAAUGUCAGUUCAGCCCAUAAAUAUAGUGAAGCCUGAUCCACCAUUAGGUUUGCAUAUGGAAAUCACAGACAAUGGUAACUUAAAGAUAUCUUGGUCCAGCCCAACAUCAGUACCAUUUCAACUUAAAUAUCAAGUGAAAUAUACAGAGAAUUCUACAACAAAUGUGAAAGAAGCUGUUGAAAUGGUCUCAGCUACAUCCCUGCUAGCAGACAGUGUACUUCCUGGGUGUUCAUAUAAGGUUCAGGUGCGAGGUGGAAGACUGGAUGGCCCAGGAAUCUGGAGUGACUGGAGCACCCCUUAUAUCUUUACCACACAAGAUGUCAUAUACUUGCCACCUAAAAUUCUGACAAGUGUUGGAUCUAAUGUUUCUUUUCAUUGCAUUUAUAAAAAUGAAAACAAGAUUGUUUCUGCCAAAAAGAUCGUUUGGUGGAUGAAUUUGGCUGAGAAAAUUCCUGAAAGCCAGUAUAAUAUUGUGAAUGACCAUGUUAGCAAAGUUACUCUUCCCAAUUUAAAUGCAACCAAAACUCGAGGAAAAUUCACCUAUAAUGCAGUGUACUGCUGCAACGAGCAUGAGUGCCACCAUCGCUAUGCUGAGUUAUAUGUGAUUGAUGUCAAUAUCAAUAUAUCAUGUGAAACUGAUGGGUACUUAACUAAAAUGACUUGCAGAUGGUCAACCAAUCCAAUCCAAUCACUUGUGGGAAGUACUUUGCAGUUGAGGUAUCAUCGGAGCAGACUUUACUGUUCUGAUUUCCCCAAAAUUCAUGCCAUAUCUGAACCCAAAGAUUGCCAUUUGCAGAGGGAUGGUUUUUAUGAAUGCAUAUUUCAACCAAUUUUUUUAUUAUCCGGCUAUACAAUGUGGAUUAGGAUCAAUCACUCUUUAGGUUCACUUGACUCUCCACCAACAUGUGUUGUUCCUGAUUCCAUGGUGAAACCUCAGCCUCCAUCCAGUGUGAAAGCAGAAAUUACUGUACACAUUGGGAUAUUAAAAAUAUCUUGGGAAAAGCCAGUCUUUCCAGAGAAUAAUCUUCAGUUCCAGAUUCGCUAUGGCCUAAGUGGAAAAGAAGUACAAUGGAAGGUUCCACUUUGCUCAAACACAUGUACAACUUGGACUCCUUGUCAUUUUGCAGUUCCUAUCAGAGGACCUGAAUUUUGGGGAAUAAUUAAUGAAGAUACUACUAAAAAAGAGAGAAAUGUCACCUUACUUUGGAAGCCUCUGACGAAAAAUGAAUCACUGUGCAGCGUGAGAAGAUAUGUGGUGAAACAUCAUACUUCCCUCAAUGGAACGUGGUCAGAAGAUAUGGGAAGUCACACUAAAUCAACUUUCUUAUGGACAGAGCAAGCACAUACUGUUAUAAUUCUGGCUGUAAAUUCAAUUGGUGCUUCUAAUUUUGAAUUUAAAAUGAAUUUCCUUUUCUUCUCCUCAGUAAAUAUUGUGCAGUCACUCAGUGCUUAUCCUUUAAACAGUAGUUGUGUGAUUCUUUCCUGGAGGCUUUCACCCAGUGACUACAAUCUAAUGUAUUUUAUUAUUGAGUGGAAAAAUCUAAAUGAAGACAAUGAAAUUAAAUGGAAUAGAAUCCCUUCAUCUGCUAAGAAGUAUUAUAUACAUGAUUAUUUCAUCCCCAUUGAGAAGUAUCAAUUCAGUCUUUACCCAGUAUUUGUGGAAGGAGUAGGAAAACCGAAGAUAAUUAAUAGUUUCACCCAAGAUGAUAUCGAAAAACCCCAGAAUGAUGCAGGUCUAUAUGUAAUUGUGCCAAUAAUUAUUUCCGCUUCAAUCUUACUGCUUGGAACAUUGUUAAUAUCACACGACAGAAUGAAGAAGCUGUUUUGGGAAGAUGUUCCAAACCCCAAGAAUUGUUCCUGGGCACAAGGACUUAAUUUUCAGAAGCCAGAAACGUUUGAACACCUUUUUAUCAAGCACGCAGAAUCAUUGACAUUUGGUCCUCUUCUUUUGGAGCCUGAAACCAUUUCAGAAGAUAUCAGUGUUGAUGCAUCAGGGAAAAAUAAAGAUGAGGUGGCGUCAACUACUAUGGUCUCUCUACUUUUGACAACUCCUGCCCUUGAAAAACGUUCUGUUUGUAUUAGUGACCAGUGCCACAGUGCUAAUUCCUCUGAGGCUGAGAGCACCAGGAUGACCUGUGAGGAUGAGAGCCAGAGACAGCCCUCUGUAAAAUACGCCACACUUCUCAGCACCCCUAAAUCAAGUGAAACUGAUGAAGAGCAAGGGCUUAUAAAUAGUUCAGUCAGCAAGUGCUUCUCUAGCAAAAAUUCUCUAUUGAAGGACAAUUCCUCUAGUAGCUCAUGGGAGAUGGAGACCCAGGCAUUUUUUAUAUUAUCAGAUCAAAAUCCCAAUAUAAUUUCACCACACCUUACAUUUUCAGAAGAAUUUGAUGCACUUUUCAAACUGGAAAGCAAUUUCCCUGAAGAAAAUAAUGAAAAAAGGUCUGUCUAUUAUUUAGGGGUCACCUCACUCAAAAGAAGAGAGAGUGGGGUGUUUAAGACUGAUGAGUCGAGAUUGUUGUGCGCAUUCCCAACCCACAGUUUGUUCACUGACAUCAAGAUUCUUCAAGACAGUUGUUCACACUUUAUAGAAAAUAACUUCAACUUAGGAACUUCUGUUAAGAAGACAUUUGUUUCUUACAUGCCUCAAUUUCAGACUUGUUCAACUCAGACUCAGAUGAUAAUGGAAAAUAAGAUGUGUGACCUGACCGCGUAA